GGCGCGCGGAAGUGACGUCGGCGGAAGGCGCCGCGCGGAGCCCGGAGUAGCCGCCGGCCAUGGCGCCCACCAUCCAAACGCAAGCGCAGCGCGAUGAGCCGGGGCACCGGCCGAGCUCGCACCGGACCCUCCCGGAGAGGUCCGGGGUCGUUUGCCGGGUCAAGUUCUGCAACAGCCUCCCCGACAUCCCCUUCGACCCCAAAUUCAUCACCUACCCCUUCGACCAGAGCAGGUUUGUGCAGUACAAGGCGACGUCUCUGGAGAAGCAGCACAAACACGAUUUGCUGACGGAGCCGGACCUGGGCGUCACCAUCGACCUCAUCAACCCCGACACGUAUCGCAUCGACCCCGGGGUUCUCCUGGACCCUGCGGAUGAGAAGCUGCUGGAGGAGGAGAUCCAGGCACCCACCAGCUCCAAGAGGUCCCAGCAGCACGCCAAGGUGGUGCCGUGGAUGCGCAAGACCGAGUACAUCUCCACCGAGUUCAACCGCUACGGAGUGAGCAACGAGAAACCCGAGGUCAAGAUUGGGGUGUCGGUGAAGCAGCAGUUCACAGAGGAGGAGAUUUACAAGGACAGGGACAGUCAGAUCGCGGCCAUCGAGAAAACCUUCGAGGACGCCCAGAAAGCGAUCACACAGCACUACAGCAAACCCCGCGUCACCCCCCUGGAGGUGAUGCCCGUGUUCCCCGACUUCAAGAUGUGGAUCAACCCCUGUGCCCAGGUGAUUUUCGACUCCGACCCGGCGCCCAAGGACACCUCGGGGGCGGCGGCGCUGGAGAUGAUGUCCCAGGCCAUGAUCAGGUACUGGGGACCCCAAAAUCCCCUUUCUGCACCCCAAAAUCCCCUUUGGGCACCCCAAAAUCCACCCCGGACACCUCGGGGGCGGCGGCGCUGGAGAUGAUGUCCCAGGCCAUGAUCAGGGGGAUGAUGGAUGAGGAAGGGAACCAGUUCGUGGCCUAUUUCCUGCCCGUGGAGGAGACGCUGCGGAAGCGCAAGCGGGAUCAGGAGGAAGAUGUGGAUUACGCCCCCGAGGAUGUGUAAGGGGGGAUUGGGGGG